GUUGCCAAAGAGCAUUCAUUCACGGAAGUAAGACAGAGAUGCAUAUACAUACAGACCAAUGCACAGCCUCGUCCACACACGACGAAAAAGAUAAAAAGAACGUCAGAUAAAAAGAACGUCAUCGCGCGCACACGCAGACAGACACAGGAAGGGAAUACCUGCACUGUCUGUCAGUCUACAGUCCCUGUGCAGGGAGCUUGCAAGCACCCUACCCUACAUUCCCUUUCGUGUGAGUCCUGCCUGCGCAAUGUUGCGUCUGCUCGUCUGUCACCAACAAAUCGUGUUUGUGGCUCUUGGUCGAUCAUGGUGUCUGAACAUGGCAUGGCUGCCUGGACAUCUGAAGCAUUCAAGCACUCUUCUCAGAACUGACACAACAGACAGGACACACACACACACACACACACGCACACAGUCCUCAGCCUUGUCUGCGUGUGUCUGCGCUCUUGCUCACCCGUUCGGUCGUCUGUCAACGAUGUCAUAGAACGACCGCACCCAGUCGCGCCAUGAGUGCUCACCUGACAGACAGACACACGGACACACGGCUUGGCCAGUCCAUCAACGUCAGCUGACUGCUGCAAGCUCUGUCUAACCUGCGACAAACACGUGAAUGGGGUUCUCCUUGGUCGUGCCUUCUGUCGUGAACACGUCGACUAUCCGCUCCUGUCUGUCCCGCUCUGCCCCUUCUCCCCAAAACUCCAGACGCGCCGCAUCCACGCCUUUCAGGGUGACGCUGUAGCCCCGAAGAAUACGCCCGCACAGGCCUUCCAGGGUCUCUUCGGGAUAGAAGCAGAUCGCAGCAGGGGGCUUAAUCUCCAGACCUCGAUGUACACACACGUACUUGGCAAUCGCGCGGGGUCUGACCUCUUCGCUCGUCAU